AUGAAUGACUUUCACCCUGAGUGGAUAUGGGGCGAUGACGCCGAAACGACUGUCUUCGCCCAAGGGUACGGCAACGAUCGCACCAUCAUCUUCAGUUUCUCUCUUGACGCAUCCAAGCCUUCAACCUCUCUCGCGAAUCGCAUCUGCGCUUGUAUGCAUGGAAUUGAGGUCGAUGAUGAUUCGAAAUCAUUCAAGGACAGCGCGGCCAUGCGCGAGGCCUUGUGGAACGCGGUUCGCGAUGUAUGGUCAGCCUGCUCGACAGACAAACGGGCUUCGCAACCAGACGUUGUCUUCGCCGUCGAUCAUCACGAUGAUGCAAGCUCUUCCAGUGAUGUGCACUGGAAUGCUUAUUCUCACCCACUCUUUCAACGCUACAUUAAAUAUCUUCGCGACAACGAAAGUAUGUAUUUCCAGUCUUUCUCCCUAUUCCCGUUUUCGUCUCUCUCGCAUCCCUCACUUUCUAGCAUUUCGUCGACCGUAGCUUACACCGUGAAAGUUGGCAAGACCCCUCUGUUACCGAACGACGAGCAAGUUGAGUUUGCCUCAAUAGUCCGCUACGAUCAGUUGGGUGGGCGAGGCUGUGCGACUCGAAUUCGUCGCAUGGACAAAAGCUCCGAGAACUUCAUGGUGUUCAAAGGCAUCGACUUUCGUACCUUCUUAACGUACACUGAUGAUGAAGACGGCAAAACCAUUCGCCACAUGAUACAUGGCUGGCACAGGUCCAAUAAUCUACUUCGCAAUAUGCCCAAGCAUCCCAAUGUGCUUCCAGCUCCAUCGAAGCUAGUGACGUAUGGCAAUCAGGACGGGGUGGUCUGCGGCACACUGCAGCCAUUCUACGAGGGGGGCGAUGUGGGAUCUCGCAUAGAGAAGAGCAACAUCCUGAGAGCCCGAAUUCCCCUUACUACUAAGGUCAGGUGGUGCACCGACAUGGCCGCGGCGGUCGCCCACACUCAUCGACAGGCCAAGACGUAUCACAUGGACAUCAAACCUGGCAACUUCUUGAUCGACCAAGACGGCAACCUGGUCCUAGGAGACUGGGAGCAGACGGAUGCGCCAACAACGACCAUCGCACCAGAAGCCGAUGGAACUUGGGACGUUGAGAUGGAAGAAGAGGGCGGCAGCCUUGCUGGCAAUGGGUGGAAUCGCCCACGUCUUCAAUACACCAAGUAUGAGGGCCCACCGCGCCGCAAUACUGAGGAAGACGUACUCGGUGACUAUCCAUGGAACACCUGGAACGUGUUUCCUGGCUGGAGUGCAGAACAUCCACUGGCUCUUGAGCUUGCUGAGGUGUUCAGCCUGGGCCGAGCGAUGUGGAUGCUUUUGCGUCAGCCGGACAUGGAUUUCGAUGAGAUUGAGCAUCCGAGCCAGCUCAAAACCAGUUGGGAAGGCGCCGAGGACAUACCCACGGCGUGGGUGGGUAUGACAGAUCGGUGCAUGGCGGAAGAUCCAAAUGAAAGGCCGGACGUAAUGGAGGUCCUAGGUUUCUGGCAGGCUGAGAGGGCAAACUUUUAA